AUGUCGAACUCUUUCUUUCCAGCAAUCCUCCUCCUUUGGUGGUCAUGUUCAUCAUUCACAACAAUUGCAGGUGCAGGCGAAAGAGUGAAGGGAGGUUACUGGCUUUCAACAAUGCCCUCACUCACACCAGUCCAAGACAUCAAUUCUUCUUUAUUCACCCACAUCUACUAUGCUUUCGCAGGCCUUAACGAAACCACUUUUGCCCUAAAUCCCACACCAAAUGAUAUCCAUUUUGCCAAUUUCAGCUCUACAGUGCGCAGAAGAAAUCCAAUGGUGAAAGCCAUGGUUUCUAUAGGCGGAGGAGCGGCAAACCCACAAAGGUUUUCCCAAAUGGCUUCUGUAAAUGAAUCCAGAAAGACUUUUAUCCAGUCCUCCAUCAAAAUAGCCCGAAAUUUCUCCUUCGAUGGGCUUGAUUUAGAUUGGGAAUUUCCAGACAGCGAGGAAGACAUGGCGAAUUUGGGGAAACUGGUCUCAGAAUGGCGAAGCGCAGUGGAGGCAGAGGCAGCGGCAAAAUCUCUGCCUCCCCUGUUACUCACCGCUGCAGUCUAUUACAAUUCGACCAAAUCUACCUCAGAUCUCAAACUCGUCACAUACCCAGUUGCCCUAAUGGGGCAAAACCUGGAUUGGGUGAAUAUCAUGAGCUAUGAUUUGCAUGGAAGGUGGGAAAACAUAACAGGGGAACAUGCUGCUCUGUAUGAUAAUGGAUCAGUUUACAAUACUGAUUAUGGAGUGAGAAACUGGUUUGGGGAAGGAUUGAUGGGGGAAAAGGCCGUUCUGGGCAUACCCAUUUACGGGAAAUCAUGGAAGCUAUUUUCAGAUUGGCCGGCCAUUGUAAUAAAUGACAGUAAAGGCGUUGAGUAUGGAGUUGGGACCCCUGCAAUUGGCCCUGGUCCAAGCCAAGCCAUAAGCCAGGCGCCCGGCAUUUUCUUCUAUACAGAGAUUCGGGAUUUUAUUAGAGAGAAUAAUGCAACUGAAGAAAUCGAUAGCAACCUGAAAUCUGCUUACUGCUAUGGAAAUUCUGUGUGGGUUGGGUAUGAAAAUGAAAAAACUGUUGCAGAGCGGGUUAAGUAUGCGGGCAUCAAGGAAAUGAGGGGGUAUUUUUUAUGGAGUAUAAGCUAUGAUGCCAAUUGGGCGCUUUCUUCUUCAGGUUUUGACUUUUCAGAUAGCUUCAAUGGUAUUGAUGUGAUUUUCUGUAACUGCGAGGGGACUUACGUUGAAUACCUGAAUGCUCAAAUGAUUGCUGGAACGUGGAUUUCACUUGAUUUGAUUUUUAAAAAAAGGAAAAAAGGAAUAAGAGUUGAAGAGAGAUCUAGUCUAACUCUAAGAAUGUAG